AUGGAAAAGAAGAAGAAAGACCAUUCGCAUCGCUCUUCCUACAAGACUUUCUGGGGUUUUCCUCUGCGAGAGUACGAGUCUUUUCCUGGGUUCGCAGCAGUGGAAACGGGCAGGAAAACAAAUGGAAGUCCAAUUGCAGAUAUGACACCGACCGUACCAGGCACCGCACAAAUAGAUCCAAGCAAAGACGACCCUUCUUCACCACAGGAAGAUCAAAGUGCGUGCGAGGAAGAAGAGAGCGAGGACGAGUCGUCCCGUGAUGUCGUAUCGCGAAAAGAGGGUGUUGUGAAAAGCAAGUCUCGCCGGCAGCGAACAACAUUUAGUAACUAUCAGUUGAUCAAGCUAGAGUCCGCCUUCCAAGCAGAGCAGUACCCAGACCUCUGCAGCCGAGAGGAGCUGGCGCGAAAGAUCGGUCUGACGGAACCCAAGAUACAGGUCUGGUUCCAGAACAGACGAGCAAAAUGGCGUCGACAUGAGAGAAAAAACAAAGCGCCCUCGUUUGGUCUCAGGGCCCUGGCCGCGCAAGGUCACGUGACGUCUGAUGUCAACAGCACUACCACACCCAUUCCUAUGACGUCACACAUGCAUGCGUCUUUCAUGCCCCCCUGCGAAGAGUAUCCAUGGCAACAGUAUCACACACCGAUUGUUGAUUACCCGGGAUGGUCUACGAUCUCACGACAUGCCAUGUAUCACCCCUACUCUCCUCGCAGUGCCCUAGUCCACCCCGGACACUUCACUACCAUCUUCUCUCGGGAUGGUUACACAGGUUAUCCGUGCUUUGGCUGCCGUCCCCUGGAGGAGGGUCACGUGACCGGCUGGUCGGCGACGAGUGAUGCUCGAUUUGAACACUCGGCGCUAUUCCCUGCUCGGGGCCUGUUACAAUUCCCGUACAGCGUGAUGGAUUUGAGACACAAAGCUAGUCUGCACACGAAGAGCAUGCACCGCAAACAGGUCGAGACUAAAAGAGAAUAGAAAUAAAGCCAAGCAAAAUCUAA